AUGGCCGAAGUAGCAGCCGACUCGGCGACCGUGACUGACAAAGUCGACGGGUGCGUCAGUUCGAAGGUUGAGAAAGUUGAAGACAGCGAUAAACCAACAGCUGAAACAAAUGGUCAUGGAAAGGAAACCACUCCAAAAAAUGGAAAGGCAGAAAAGCAAACGGAAGAUAAUGGUGACGAGGAUUCGCCUGAAGCAGAACCCGAGCUGUACUUUCCGCCCAAAGUGAGCCUUCCUUUGGUGGACGUCAAGACAAUGGAAGAUAAUGAGGAUGUGGUCGUCGAACUGCGUUCUCGCAUUUACCGUUUUGACGACUCUGAAGAUGAGCCGGAGUUCAAAGAGCGUGGCACUGGAGUAGUCAAGAUUCUCCGACACAAGGAAACGAACAUGUAUCGCAUUCUUCUCCGUCGCGACAAAACUCACAAAAUCUGCGCCAACCACUACAUUACAUCGACCAUGGAGCUAAAUAAGCACAACAACAGCGAUAAAGUGUUUGUCUAUUCAACUCUCGCUGAUCUCUACGAUCUUGAAACUAAUCCAGAGACAUUUGCCAUUCGCUUCUCAAACCCAGAGAACGCGGCCAUCUUUAAGAAAGGUUUCGAUGAAGCCGUCCAAGUGAUGAAAAAGAAGGAAAAAGAGAUUGACGAACUGAACAAGGCUCUCGAAGAGGGGAUGAACCUUGAGCCAAAGAAGGAGGACCAGGCUUCUUCGGAGGCCUCUGCCGCUGAGCCAGUGAGCAAGGAUAAAUAA